UCCGGCACAUUUUCGCAAGCACCGGUUCAAAAAGAAUUUUCUAGUCUGUAUUGAUACCUUUCAGCGCUAUCAGCGGUCACGAGAGAAUCGCAAGUCGUACGAGUAUAUAUUCUGUGGAUACUCGACGAACGGCUAAAAGUUACGGGGAAAAAACGUCACGACCGCGGCUCGGAUUUUCUCACGCUCGCAUAACGGCACUCGACAUCUAUCAUUCCUUUUAUAUACCCACAUAUUCCCGACUGACUGGAGCUUCAACAUGGCUUUGCGGUGAUGGUCUCGUUAUAUCCUUAGACCCGAUCUUUGCCCCCAUGGGGGAACACUUACUCGUUCCACAUUUCGGCCAUUUCGUCCGUCCUAGAACAAUUUAAUCACCAUGGGUCUUUUACAGUUGGGAACCCCUCUGGCCUGGCCAGAAGCCAAACAAGCAGCAAAUCAAGUCAGAGAAUGGGGUAUCGAACAACUCUUGACAAUCUGGCGCAAAGCAAAGGUCAAAGAACGCGAUGCCCUUCUCUGGGGCGACGAGAUCGAAUAUCUCGUCGUCGCAAUGGAUGACAAAGAGGAAAAAGUCCGCCUCUCACUAUGUCAAGCCGACGUCCUGAAAAAACUGGCAGACGACCAUGACCUAGCCAAACAAGACACUCUCGUCCCCGAUCUCCAGGACAACACAAUCCGAAGCGGCACACUACCAACAUUCCAUCCCGAAUUCGGCCGCUUCAUGCUCGAAGCCACACCCGGUAAACCCUGGGGCAUCGGUUUCAAAGACCUGCUCGACGUCGAGUCCGACAUGAAAAACCGCCGAGUCAUUGCAAAGCAGCAUAUGGACCCAGAUCAAUACCCGAUCACUCUUACAACUUUCCCCCGUCUCGGUACUCGCGACGAUUAUAUUACACCGUACUACCCACCGUCCGGCCCUGCGCUACGCUCACAAUUCGUACCCGACGAGAUCGCCAACCCACAUAUCCGCUUUCCAACUUUGGCCGCUAACAUCCGCUCGCGACGCGGUCGAAAAGUCGAACUCAAUGUACCCGUCUUCAAGGACAAGAGCACGCCCAGCCCGUUUCACGAUCCCACAGUAAAUUAUGACCUACACAUCUGGCCCGAGGACGACGAUGUGCGCAACGGCGCCGCCAAACAAGAUUGCGUGUACAUGGACGCCAUGGCUUUCGGAAUGGGCAGCUGCUGUCUGCAAAUCACCUUCCAGGCCAAGAACAUUCGCGAAGGCCGGACAUUGUACGACCAACUCUCACCAUUGGGCCCCGUAUUACUUGCUCUCACCGCCGCGACACCCAUAUACAAAGGCUUCCUAGUCGACACGGACGUAAGAUGGAACCAAAUCUCCCGUGCCGUCGAUGAUCGCACGCCCGGAGAAUUGGGCGAAAAGCCCCUCAAGAACGACCGCUGGCGCAUCCCCAAAUCCCGCUACGCAAGUAACAGCACGUACAUUGCUCAAGAUCCACGUUUGCGCCCAGAGUACAUGGACCCCAACCUUAUCGUCGACGAGCGCCUCAAACAGAAGCUGGUGGAUGGAGGCAUGGACGAUCUUUUGGCGACACAUUUUGCGCAUCUCUUCAUUCGUGACCCCUUGGUCAUUUUCUCUGAAGAUCUGCUAGUUCUUGAUCCCGAAGGUUCCAACCACUUCGAAAACAUACAGAGCACAAAUUGGCAGCACAUGCGAUUUAAACCUCCCCCACCCGACGCCGACAUUGGCUGGCGCGUCGAAUUUCGCAGCAUGGAGAUUCAAAUCACCGAUUUCGAGAACGCCGCGUUCGCCAUCUUUAUCGUGUUGGUCACCAGAGCCAUUCUCAGCUUCGAUUUGAAUUUCUAUAUUCCCAUUCCUCGGACGACAGAGAACAUGGAGACCGCCCACACGAGAGACGCCGUGAUGAAAGAGAAAUUCUGGUUUCGAAAGGAUCCCUUCCCUCGGCGCAGUCCCAAGGCGAGUCCAAUGUUGAAAGGAGUUAAUGCAAGCAAAGAAUCAUUGGGUGCUGUCGACGACGAGUAUAGAUUGAUGACGAUCGAUGAAAUCAUCAACGGCAUUUCUAGUUCUUCGUCAGAAGAGGAGGAUUAUUUCCCCGGCCUGAUUCCGCUGGUCGAGUCGUACCUGGACAGCGUCAAUAUCGAUGUCACCACACGUUGCGAGUUGGCGAGAUAUCUGGAUUUGAUACGAAACCGCGCUAAUGGUACACUCUGGACGGGAGCCAAGUGGAUUCGAGAGUUUGUCAGGAGUCAUCCUGAGUAUAAACAUGACAGUGAAGUCAGCGAGCAUGUUGUUUAUGAUUUAUUCAGAGCAGUGGAUGAUAUUGGAAAGAAUGAAGGAAAAGAUAAAACUGUCGGAUGGGAGAUGUUGACUGCAACGGAAAGGCAGAAAGGGUUGGAUGAUUAGCAUGGCAAUUGAGCAUUGCGAAAAGAUUAGACGAUUAGAUUUGGAGUCCGAUACAUUGGACAUGUCGUGGUUUGUCGCAUGUCUCGGCAGGGCUCUCGCAUUGGAUGGUUGAUAUCAAUGAAUAUAUAUAUAUAUUUGACGACACAGGAAUGGUGACGGAACUGCAAGACAGU